AUGGCUUCUAGCAGGAGCAUAGGGGCACUUGCGUCGCUACCAAUUGCUCCUCUGGAGUUCUACCAUGCCCUAACUGGGCUAUGGGCAACCUGGCAAGGGGCUAAACAUGUACCUCUACAACGAAUAGGUCUUGCUGUGAGUGGCGGAAGUGAUUCAAUGGCUCUAGUCUACCUUUGCAGCCAAUUAGCCUCACAGGGUUUCAUCCCAGGCCUGGACAUAAAGGCCUAUAUAGUGGAUCACAAAUAUAGACCAGAAAGUUCACACGAGGCCCACUCAGUUGCAGAUUGUGUGGAAAAACUAGGCGUUCGGUCCAAAGUUCUUACCUUGCAAUGGCCGGACGGGGAGGCUUUGACGAAAAAGGGGUUUGAAACACAAGCCCGAAUGCUUCGUUAUCAAAUAUUAGGCAAAGCUUGUACAAAGGAUGGUGUUAAGGCCCUGCUCUUAGGACAUCAUCAAGAUGAUAACGUAGAGACUGCCCUUAUGCGCGUAUCUAAAGGCCACAGGAAACUUGGUCUGGUUGGCUUCGAUGAGAUCGCUCCAAUUCCAGAGUGCCAUGGGUUAUAUGGAGUCAGCAAGAGCGGAUCAGCCACAUCUCUACAGGACAUCCUAAGAAGCGCUACUAUGGACGGGACAAUAUCGUACCCAUCCUCCGAAAUACCACCCCGCUCCUUUAACUCGAACACAGGAGAGAUGAAAGUUUCUACUGGCGGGAUUUAUCUUUUCCGUCCUUUCCGUUCUUUCUCAAAAUCACGGCUAGUAGCAACCUGCCAGGAAAACAAUAUACCAUUUGUGUCAGACGCCACGAAUGAAGAUCACACAUUUACCAUCCGCAAUACAGUACGACGGCUUUUGGAAUCAGAAACCUUGCUUCCGCGUGCCUUACAACGGCCAUCCAUACUGUCACUUGUGGAUAAAUCGCGAGAACAGACCGAAAAAUUCCGGGAGCUGUGCGAAUUCCUUCUGAAGAAUGUGGAAAUCCUCAACUUUGAUACCCGCUUUGGUACCAUGGUCAUUAAAAUGCCGCGGAUAUCUGAUCUUCCUAGACAUCAAAGAAAAGCGGUUUAUGAACGCAUCUCACUUCCAGAUGGAAUACGAGAUGUUUACGCAUCAGUGUUGCGAAGUUUAUGCGACAUUAUAUCACCAUACCCAGAUCGAUGGAGCCCAUUGUCACAAUUUCGCAACCCUGCUUGCAGAGCGUUUUUCGGUUCAGAUCCAUCUGGCAUGAACGGCACCGUUUUUACUGUAGGCGGAGUGCUAUGGCAGGCCGUAAAACAAAAGACAGCACCAGAGUCCACCUCGAAAUCAUUUGUCCCGAGUCAUCCAAAUCUUCCUGGCGAUCUACAGCUUUGGAAUCAAGAUUUUACACCAUUUGCCGACAAACAAAAUAAUGUUUGGCUUCUAUCAAGGCAGCCUAUGCGCUCAGGCAAAGGCCAGUCUACAGUAAAUUUUUCAUUAACAAUACCGGCUUACUCAGCAAAAAGAACUAGAGACGGAGUUAUAUUGGGGAAGGUAGGCCAAAAGGGCCGGGAGCAAGGUACCGGGAAUUUUAUCCAUACCGCAUGGACCGACUGGAAACUCUGGGAUAACCGAUACUGGAUCCGCAUACGUGGACGCGCUAGCGUUCAGCAAUAUGAUCGUUCCCAAGAAGACCCAGAAAGCGGUGGAGCUAUGAAAAGGUCCUUGGAUAGAGACAUGUCAAAGGAUGAUUUUGUCAAGGAUGGGGGGCGUGAACCUCGUACCCAGUCUCGCCGAGCUUCGCAGGACUCAACAUUGGCUAACUAUUUGGCUUCUCGAAAUCCAUUACCCACAACUACAACAUUACCGACAAUGCCGGCAUCUGUUUUACCUGUGGCACCAUCUGUGUUUCAAAAACUCCUAGCAGCUCUAGCUCCUGGGAAAAUUCGAUUUUCUGCCCCUAUUUUAACAGAUGUGAUACCAGAAAAUGGGGGUGGCGAAGACCUAGAGAAUAUGCAAGAGCAGCUAUUGGGAAUGCCAUCUGUACCAAUGUCCUUUCGGACCAAAAUACGUGUAAGAACCCCCAUUUCUGACGUUGAGAGUGGAAGAGUUGAUUCUACCUUCGAUGUGCCUUGGAGUGUGGAAUGGGAAGUGAGAUAUAAAUGGAUAGAUCCAACUACCAUCCGGACUGUAGCCUGGCAAAGUACUUAG